AUGUCUUCCUCAUCGCCGCCCCCUCCAGAGCGCAAUAUUCAGAGGUCUAAGCGAAAAGCCUCAAGCUCGCCGUCACCAAUACUUCAAGAAGAUACUAUCAAGCGGGUCAAGGCACGAGAUCAAUCACUUAUUGGUGAUGAGCAUAACGGCAAAAGAACCAUCUCGAUUCCGGUAGAGAUGGAUUCUCCGCAUACGUAUGAGUGCAUGGGUCUAACCCCCCAAGCGGCACGAGCUAUAUACAACGAUGGAAAAGAGAUUCGAGAUGGCUUGUUGAACGACUAUGGCGAGGAUUUCGAUGCGGACUUUUUUGAGUGUAGUCUUGAGGCAUACUUGGUUAAGAGAGUUACUAGAGUCUGUGGUGAGGUACUCGCAGCUGGAGAUGGAAACAACUGGAGAGAAGCAAUGACAGAGGCUGGCAUCAAGAAAGAGUUUCAAGAUGCUCUGAUGGAUGAGGAGUUCGAGGCUAUCCGUGGCACACAGUCUCUCCAGUGUUGGCUCGAGGAGAUCUUCGGCAACUACUUCCGCACAUUCGAACACAUGAACGCGAGCAUCCUGGACGACCCUAAGAAGGACGUUUCGGUAAUGGGGAAGGAUGUUUAG